AUGACGGCGGAGGAGCAUGAAACAGCGGACAAGUUACCGUUCACUGCUGUGGCCGCUCCAGAAUCUUAUCAAAGCGCUGAAGAUGGAACUGCUGGAACUGAAAUCGUUGGUACAACACUCUCACAUAAUGCACAUUAUGCACGUCAACAAGACGCAGGACCACCUGCUACAAGGAAAGAACUUUGGUCAUAUUAUGCAUACUACGCGGGAAACAAUGGCAUUGGCUCCUUUCAAUACUCGAGUCUUUUAUUUCAAAACUUGAUAUACCAAGCCGGGUUUAAUCCAAAUAUUCUGCCAUUGGGCAGCGCACCUUGCGGCGAUGAUACUCCUUGUCAUGUCUUUUGGAAUGGAGGAACGAAAGCAUAUACAUCGGUGGUGUUGAUAGGAUCAGGAUUGACGUUCGUUUCACAAGCCGUACUUUUCCUUACGAUAGGAAGUUUGGCAGACUUUGGAAAUUGGAACCCAUGGGUUGUUAGAAUUUUCUCCCUCCUUUCGUUCGCCUUCGAGUUUGGGUUCUUAGGAGUAAAACACGCAAACCAGUGGAGGAUUGCCAUGGCACUCUAUAUCGUUAGCAGUGUCACUUGGUGGGCUUCUUACGUUUUCUUCAACGCUAUAUUUCCCAAACUCGCCCACGAUCUCCCCGAAGUCCACCAAGCGAAAGAAGAUUAUGCACAGGGCGCAUUGACAGAGGAAGAAUACGAAUACAAGUGCUCAAUGGCAAGGUCCAAGGUUAUGAAUAUAAGUUAUGGGUGGAAUAAUGUUGGAUUCACAAUUUGUGGAGCUUUGGCAUUGGCGGCUCUCGCAGGAAUUGGUGCAAAUGAUUCCACGCAGCAGAACAAUUGGGGAUACUCUGUCUCUGUUGCUGUCACCACUGGUUGGUGGAUUGUUCUUGCCAUUCCAUGGUUUAUCUGGGAAAAGAAAAGACCGGGACCGCCUCUACCGAAGGGAGACAACUAUCUUACAUUUGGCUUCAAACAAACCUACUUCGCCGCAAAGCAGGUGUGGAAGUUGAAACAAACUUUCUUCUACCUGAUUGCAUUUUUUCUAUUGGCAGAUGGAGUCGCUACAGUACUGACACUGGUCUCAAUUGCACAAACACAAGUUGUUGAGUUUUCCGCAACACAAAACACCUAUCUCAUCAUGGUUCAAGGUGGCUCAACUACAGUUGGAGUCUUCGGUGCCUACUAUAUUCAAGAGAAGUUCAAGAUCCGGACCAAGGCCAUGCUACAAUUUUGCAAUUGCGGUUGUGUCCUCAUUGCACUUUGGGGAAUGGUAGGUAUCUGGACCACCAAAUUUGGAUUUCAUAAUGAGUGGGAAUUUUGGCUCUUUCAAGCGCAAUAUGGAAUUACCCUUGGUGCUCAAUAUCCAUACGGACAAGCAUUUAUGGCAGAGCUGGUACCCAAAGGAAGAGAGUAUUUGUUCUUCAGUCUUUUGGGUAUUGUAUCAAAAGGGUCAGCAUGGAUUGGACCAAUCGUUUCCAGUGCUAUUGUUGAUCGCAAUGGAAGUCAAUGGGCAGCUUUUCCAUUUGUGGCAGCAUUGAUAUUUGUCCCUACAGUUGCAAUCUUUUGGGUCAGUGAAUCAAAGAGUAGGGUUGAGUGUGCAGAGUAUUUGGAAAAGGAGAAGAUGGAUUUGCAGAAGCUUAAAGAUAAUGAGUUGAACACAGCCAGAUUUGGUUCUACGGAAAGUAGUGGCGGAGUGGAUGGAUUUUACAAGACGAAGUAG